UCCAGGUAGAGUGGUCUUUUGAUGGAAAACUGUUAGACGAGUUACAGCUACAGUGCUAGAACUGGAAGUGAUCUGAAGAGAAAUGUGAUAUGAGCAGUAAUUUUUAGAAACGAACAUGAAGUCUAAAUCAAAUGAUAGUACAAGUGUGAAACGGAACCACAUCUGGCGUGUUCGAGGAAAUAUUUUCAUUGCUACGAUCUUUAUAAGUCUGUUAUGGAUUAACUCGGUUGAAGCUGAUUGUUCCUCGGAAACCUUCAACUUCACCACCGAAGUCAUCGUAAUCGAUGAUAUAUCGGCCACGCAAAUAAACAGCCCCAUUGCGAAUCAUGUUGUCACCGGUGUCGUUAAGGUAGCAGUUUCUCCUGGGUGUCAAACAUGUACACAGUACAUUGAAGCCAGUAUAAAUCCAGUCGGUGAACAGUCCAGAUUGAUAAUCAGUACAAAUGAAAAUUUUAAGGAUUAUCUGCAAACGGAAACAAUUGGUUCAUUCUAUUCCCUGCUCGAACUCACGUGUGAUACAGGUAGCCCCAAAACAAUCCGACUACAAGUGCGUCUUAAAGAAGAAAACUUACACGCACCGGAGUUCAAUAAACCGGAGUACAAAAUCUUGUUACCGUUGCCCCUUCCAGCGAACUUUGAUCUCACGCAGUUCGUAGACGAGGGAAAUGGAAUUGUUGCGGUGGAUUAUGACCUAACCAAGAAUCAGGUAAAAUUCACGGUGCAAGAAAACCCUUACAUCAUGGUUCAAACGCAGUCACUAACAACCGGAAAACAUUUCACGGCUAAACUGAUCACCAAACAAACGCUGGCUAGAAUUGAUAAUGAACUAGAACUGGUGAUCACCGGAACGGAUGAAGGUGACCCACCGAGAUCAGGAACAGCGGUGUUGAAAAUUUCAGGUGAUCCCACAGUUCCGUACAUAGAACCGCCUCAGUUUCUGCAACCGCUCUACAAAUACAGCUACAAACGGACGGAAACUUUUCCGACCAUCGAAGUUAGUCUUCGGACGAAUACGUUCGAUAGUGGUGUGACUUUCGCGGCGAGUGGCGAUGACAAGGAACUUUUCACGGUCAAUCCAAAAGUCGAUCGGAGCGGUGCUGUGGUCACGUUGAAUCCGGAAACGAACAUUCCCGAGACGAAAACUACUCUCAGUUUAAUCGUAACCGCUAGCAGACCAAACGCCGAACUGGACGGUAGGACGGCAAUUGUGGUAGAAAUUGAACCUGAAAUCAAAUUACUACCGUCAUUUGAACGGCCGAUCUACACCGGAAGUGUGGAUAGUACCAAAGUGGUCACCCUCGGUACUCCAAUCAGCUUGGUAGCAGAAACAAUAACCGAAGAAACGACGAUUCGUCUGACAGGAGAUGAUGCCCGGUACUUUACUGCGAAGAAAAAUUCGGAUCAUUUCAUCUUAUUGAAAGCAUCCGAUGAAUUGACAGAGGAAAUAUUGAAGCAGAAAUGCUACUUCCACUUUAGUAUUGAAGCGAUCAAAGAAAACGUUGGUUCUGGGGUUGCCCUUGUCAUAUUGGAGGUCGUCAAACAGAAUGUAAAUUUACCCAAAUUUGAACAGUUAUACUAUGAAGGAAAUGUUAGCGAAACUGGUGAUGUCGAUGUAACGCAAAUAAAAGUUUCCGAAGAUUCAUACGUGCCGGAAAUAGGUUUCACGUACACGGGAGAUAACGAUUUGUUUAGUUUUAUAGAAAAUGACAACGAAAUCACACUCGAAUCGAAGGAUAUUACUGAGGAGAAGCUAAAUGGUAAAUCGUACCUGUUGGUUAAAAUCAGUGCUUCUCUGGAUCAAACCGUUGUUGCUGAAACAAUUGUUCUGAUAAAAGUUAUCCGGACGCCAGUGAUCAUACCUAGGUUCAAAGAUGGCUUCCUUCAAGGAACACUGACAGCAGCCACAAACUCUUUAACUGAGUUGAAAGCGGUAAUAGAUGAGGAAACUUUCUUCGCUGGAACCGAGGUAAUCUUGAAAGAUCCUCACAAUCUGUUCCAGAUUCAGACCCCAGCAACUUCGAAUGAGAUCUUGAUCGUUCUACGCAGUCAGGUUCAGAUUCCAAAUGUUUCUUUUUUAACCUUGACUCUAGAAGCUAGCAAUCCUAAAUCGGUCACGGUUCAGUGUCUCAUCUGGGUAGAAGUGUUGCACGUGGCUCCCGUAUUUGAACAACUUUUGUACGAAGGUCAAAUCAACAGUGCCCUUGAAUUGGACGAACUGAAGCUACAAUUAAAACCGGGAACGUACGACAACACGGUCCAAUUCAGUUUGCUAGACGACGAUGCCGCCUUGUUCACUCACCGCACACUCGAAACGAAUGAACUGUUGAUCAGCCUAAAGGAACCGAUCACCGAAGAUGAUUUGCACAAUCGAAACAGUCUACGAUUUAAGGUACGAGCAGUCAAGCAAAACACGUUGGAAACCGUCGUUCCGGUGGUGAUACAAAUUGAAAAAGUUUCGGUCAAGAUUCCUAAAUUCGAAAAAGUUUUCUACAAAUCUGCCAUUGGCAGUGAUCUGCGUUUGAUUCCUUUCGAACCCAUUCAGCUGGUGGAGGAUACUUCGGCCGAAGGACUGUCGGUGACAAUUGGUUCGAGCGAAACGGACUUAUUCGAGGCAACAAUUACGGGUAGAACGGUCACGAUUAGACUGAAAGCUGACUUAACUCCGCAGGACGUUGUUGGUUUUAAAUCGUUCGAAUUUGUCAUUGAAGUAAGCAACCCUGGUGUAGGAUCCGGCUUUACAACCAUACUCAUCGAUAUAGUUCGGAUCGUGCCGGAAUUUACGAAAGUUGCAUACUCAGGAACAGUUAUGGAAGGUGCCAAGAUAAUUGUUUUUACCGAAAAUAUAGAGUUAAAAGAAGAGACGAACAUCGGCACCAUCAGCUAUGACAUUUCAGGUGAACAUAAAGAUUUGAUUAACUACGCGGUUAAUGAAGAUCUUAGUUUGAAGUUCUCUCUAAAAGAUGAAGUCACUACCGAGCAGUUGAAAGGAUACUCCCAAAUCAAUUUCGUGGUUCAAGCUAUCAAUCCGGGUAGCUCCGUAGCGUUCACCAGUAUUACGGUCACUAUCUUGCGACCUGUUGCGGCAACUUUCGAAAAAUCAUCUUACCUGGGAACACUGACAGAAGGUCAAAACGUUGUUCACUACGAAACAGAUACAAUUAAACUACUGGACGGAGCUGAACCUUCAUUCACUUCCACCGAUGAAGAUUUUAACCUAUUUGACAUUUCCAUCGAACCGGAAUCGAACGUUAUUCAGACCAGUUUGAAACCCACGGUCAUCUGGAACCAAAUUCGUCACCGGCACUAUCUGAAAUUUACACUACAAGCCAUAAAUCCCGGAGCUGCGGCAACUUCAACGACAGUAAUCGUAGAUAUCGUCAACCUUCCCAUUCCUACUCCCGUGUUUAGCAAGUCGAUCUACCGAGGUUCGCUCCAGAAGGGUACGAGCGAAAUUGCGUUCCCGGCUCCGGAAAUCAUCACACUAGAUUCGAGCACCAUAACGGCCACUUUCACUUACAAACUGAUCGAGAAUGACUACCAGCUGUUCGAGGUGAUACGCGAAGACAACAAAUUCAAGGUAGUCCUGGAAGCGUCCGUCACCGAGCAGGAUUACGAUGGACGUGAUCUGUUAAGUUUCCAGAUUGUAGCUAACAACCAGUAUGGCGAGACGGAUACAACCACGGUUUUGAUCACCAUUCCAGUGGAGAAUGUAAUCACACCGGUUUUCAGGGAAGUUUUAUACAAAGGUUCAAUACAAGAAGGUUCCACAGGAAUAAUCCAGUUGACGGAAAUUGCAUUCCAGCAAGGAACAUCCACCGAUCUAACGGAGAUCGGCUUGGUUGGUGGUGAUUCCGACUGGUUCGAGGCGACUAUUGCGGAGUCUAGGGUAAUCGUUCGGGUCAAAAAUGGUAUCGAUAUCCAAUGGGAUCAGAUCCGCGAUCGGAAUGUUUUGGGUUUUAUGAUUCAAGCAACGAAUCCAGGAAGUUCCGCUGCAAGUGCUUUCUCCCUGCUAGACAUUGAACGUGCGUCAAUUGUUUCCCCGAUAUUCAAGAGUUCGACGUUCCAGGGUUAUUUGGAAGACGGUUCCCGGGAUGUGAAGUUCCCCCAGGAUGGAUCCAUCGAGCUGGAGGAGGGCAGUUUACUUCAAGGGUACAGUGUAUCGAUUGUAGAUAAUGAUUAUCAAUUGUUUGAAUAUGCCAUGGAAAACAAUCAAGUGCGUGUGUCACUGAAGAGUACGGUUACCGAUCAGGACUUGGUUAACAAACUGUAUCUGAGAUUUACUGUGAUCGCAACUAAUCCAGGUAGUUACAAAGCGACGGCAGCUGUUGUGGUUGAUUUGAGACGAGAGACGACCCCCAUCAAUGCUCCCCUGUUCGAGCAUAACAUUUACCAAGGAACCAUUGGAAACGAUUACACACUGAAUCUGGAAACUUCGAUUCGAGUAACCGAGGGAACAUAUUCGGAAGAUGUCAUAUUGCAAUUGGUUGACUCGAACAGUGAACUUCUACGAGUCGUUCAGAAUGACCGGGAAGCAGUCGUAAGACUUUCCCGAACGAUCACAGCCGAGGAUCUGAAACAAUUUAACAACUUACACGCUACCAUUCGAGCCGUCAACGAUCAAGCUGCCGUCAGUACUUGCUUUCUUAUUGUGACACUACCGGACGACGAAGUUGAACCUUGCACGACCACUCCUCAUGUUAUUGAGUGCACGGAUUGCUACGAUUGUUCCACCGGUGAGCCCCUGGACGAUGUGCCAUUCUUCCCGUAUGGAAACUACGAGUUUAAUUUGAAAAGUGACAGCACAGGCGCAAUAGGAACUGUACGUGCAUCCGUGAAGGACCCGUCCGUCAUGCUGGAGCAUAUGGCAGUCUUCAAUGAUGCAUACCUAAAACCAAAGGUUAGUCUCCUGUCGGAUGGAAUGCUUCAUUUAUUGGAAUCUCUGCUACCGAAUCAAUAUACCUUCAUUGUUGUCGCACUGAAUUCAGCCGCUGGAAAGCAAACGAGUGUUAGCGUCACCUUGGAUGUCACCCAAAUCGCCGAGUGCCCAUCGAUUCCCGGUGUCCCGAUAACCACAGUAGAAAAGCUGCUGAAAAUCGAGGCUCUUGCAGAAGAAACGAACCAUCCCAAUAUUUUCCCGUCGAAGCUGGCCAAUUGUGAAUACGAAUUAAUCGAUGAAAGACCUUUCAUGGGGUAUCAUUAUUUCUCGAUCGACACCACCAGGAACUGGCUCACUGCCGAGCGGUUCGAUCGCGAAAAUUCAACUCUCUUCGAAGGUAUGACAGUUCCCCAGUUCCAGCUUAGAUUGCACCUUAAAUGCCCUCCUGAUCAACAACAGUCCAACCGAAUAGAGAAACGAUCGUUGGUGGAUACCAAUGACCUUAACUUCGCUCGGGACGUAACAGUCAUUAACGUCAUCGUAGUCGAUAUCAACGAUAACGAUCCUCGAUUUGUCAGUCCAACUACCGGAGAGGAUUACCAUCUAGGGUUUCCAACUUCCGCGAUCGCAAACGAUCUGUUGCUGCCUCAAUUGAUUACGGUCCGAGCAAACGAUCCCGAUGAAGGUCUCAAUGCCAAGAUCCGGUUCAGUUUGAACAGCUAUGAUGACUUUGGGAUCGAUCCAGACGAAGGAGUGAUCUAUGCCACGAAGGAUGCAAUGAAGUCGAGUGCCUUGGUCAGAUUGGUGGUCACCGCAACGGAUCUGGACGGGUCUGCCGAUGGCAGAAGCUCGCAGCUGACAAUGAAUGUGCACCGCUUGGAGGAAGAUAAUCUGGUUGCGAUGAUUGUAGAUGAUUCAACGGACGGAGGAAUGGUGAUUGAUCGAAUCAAUCAAAACACAAAAGGCAUUCGACUAAAAGUGCUAAUGGAAGCGAGAGUUCCUUCAACGGAUGACACUUCUAAAAGUAGAUCCAGUGGAAAAAUCGAACCCAGAACUGCUCUGCGUAUGAUUGUCUAUGCAUUCGACAUCCGAAAUGACCUGCAGGAUUCGAACACAAUCAAAGAAAUCAUUCAGUCGUCGGAUCUAUCGGACAGUAUUACUUCGGAUGGGUACAAGGACGUUGUUUGUAUCGACUCUGGAGGUGAAUGCAGUGCACUAGAAAGUUUGGAAUCAACCAGGACCGGACUGAUCGUGGCCACUUCCGUGCUCGGGGCGCUGUUCCUGAUAAGCGCAGGACUGGCUGUAUUUUUAUAUCUGUACUUUGUACGUCCACUCCAAAAAACUACAACGAAUCCAUCGGACAUCGUUCAGCUGGAAAACGAUUUUGAUAUAUCACUUCCUCCGACACCACCAAAGUAUGGGGCGAGAAAAAUGAUCGAUGAAACCCCGAAGUCCGACGAUGACGACGACGACGACGCCGACGACCGGAAAAUAUCGAUUCAGAUCAGUGGUGUUACAGAUCAGGGUAAGUUAGAAUCCGAGGACUCCAAAAUUCCGCUGGACCGAUUGGCCAGCUCGCUGGAUGGUCAGCUAGAAAAACUGGACGAAUACGGUUCCGUCUCGUCGAGGUCAACGCUGAAAGACAGCACAACUCCAUCGGAACCGAAAAAUGUCAAAUUCAACGAACUGGUCGAACGGAUAGAAGUCGUCGAGCAUCACUCGGACCCGGAGGAUGCCGACAGUGAUUCGGUCUACAACGAACGUCUGUAGCAUAGGGGUAUUUGGUUAAUUUUCUAGCUGUUGUAUGCAAACAUUUUCCGAUAGUUAUUAAAGUUAAAGUAGUAAGCUUUUUCAA